AUGAACCAUGUGCAACCCUUACACCUCCAUGGAAUUGUACCCGCUACCGCUGUUACGUCACCCCACCAUCGAUUAUCUCUAACAGAGUGUGUUAUUGUUGUUAUGACAUUGGCGGGUCAGCCGUCGUCCGCCCGUAUUGCUGCCGUCGCACCUCUCUCCCUCGCUAUCCCCGAGGGCAGUCGACUCGACAAAGUGGGGAGGCGCCAUGUAUGCGCCGGCGCAUCGUCAUACACAAUGCGACAAAGGAAUGGCAAUGCACACAUAGACAACAUUGAUAACGCGGUAUGUUUACAACUGCACUAG